GGCCCUUCCCCCGCGCCCUCCCACGGGGCCGGGCUGAGCCGAGCUGAGCUGAGCCGGGCUGAGCUGAGCCGGGCUGGGCUCAGCCCCGCCGGGUGGGGUCCUGCCGGCAGCGAGCUGAUGGCCUCAAGCUGAUCUGCUGCCCAGAGACCCCCCCCGAGCCUGGGGGCAGCUGGUGUUGGGACCACGUCCAUCCCUGGCAGAAUUGGCUGUGCCCGACGGUGCCCCGUGGGACCACCUGCACAAGGGACAUCAGGCUGGAGAGGCAGAAGGGAUACUGCAGAGAAAGUCCUUGUCCUUCCAAGACAAGCCAAACCUUCGCUCCCGUGGGAUCUCCCUUGGAGAGGCUUUUGCCAGAUCCCGUAACCCCAAAUUCAAGCGCACGCAGUUGGCGGGGACAAGUGCCGGACGUAGGGUCUGUCCUCCGCAGGACCUGCCGUCCCCACCCGCAUCUUCCCGCGGUGGCUGCCUGUGAUGGGGCGACAGCAAGUGAGGAGCCCCUAGCCCCCACAUGAACCCCCUUCCCAGCGAGGUGGGAUCAGAGCCAGCGCCGGCAGGGGCACACGCCAUGGAGCCGAGCCAGGACGGCGCCUGAAGCUGCCAGACGGAGCGGGAUGGGGUUGGGGGACAUGGAGCCUCCCAACGGCAGCACAGCCAGCCAGCUGGACACGUGCUUCGGGGUGUUCAACGCCAGCGAUGGCCGCAACAAUACACAGAAGAGCAUCACCUCGCCCUGGUUCUCCACCGCCUUCGGCCUCAUUGGCCUCUGCUCCAACCUCUUCGCCCUCUGCGUCCUGCUCAGCUCCUCCCGCAAGCUGUCCAGCCGGGCCCGCUCCUCCUUCCUCGUCUUCCUCUGCGGGCUGGUGGUCACGGACUUCAUGGGGCUGCUGGUGACAGCCUCGGUCAUCAUCCCCUACCAUUUCAUCAAGUUCGCCUGGGCCAAGGUGGACCCCAGCUGCCAUCUCUGCAACUUCCUUGGCUUCUCCAUGGUCUUCUUUGGGCAGUGCCCGCUGCUGCUGGGGGCCACCAUGGCCGGUGAGAGGUUCUUCGGCAUCAACCACCCCUUCUCCCGCUCCACCAGCAUCUCCAAGCGCCGCGCCUGGUCCAUCGUGGGGCUGGUGUGGGGCUUCUCCUGCCUGCUGGGGCUGCUGCCAGUGCUGGGGCUGGGGCGGUACACGCUGCAGUACCCCGGCUCCUGGUGCUUCCUUACGCUCCUGCCUGACACCGGCAACGCUGUCUUCUGCCUGCUCUUCGCCCUGCUGGGCAUCUUCUCUGUGCUGCUCUCCUUCAUCUUCAACACAGUCAGUGUGGUGACGCUCUGCCGUGUCUACCAUGACCGGGAGUCAGUGCAGCGGCGCCGCGACAGCGAGGUGGAGAUGAUGGUGCAGCUCGUGGGCAUCAUGAUCAUCGCCACCAUCUGCUGGAUGCCCCUCCUGAUCUUCAUUGUCCAGACAGUCCUGCAGCAGCUGCCAGACAGCGACCAGAUCCAGACGCUGCCUACGCAUACGCAGAGGAUGCUGCUCAUCUACAUCCGCAUGGUCACCUGGAACCAGAUCCUGGACCCCUGGGUCUACAUCCUCUUCCGACGGGCCGUGCUGCAGCGCAUCUACCCCAGCCUGCGCCCCCGGCCCUCCAUCCUCUCGCUUUACCCCGUCCUCAACCCCUCCCUGCGCCGCAAGCUCACCGCCGACUCUGUCCUGCAGUAGCGGUCCCCAGCGACAUCCCACCCCCCCCAGGUUAAGUGCUUGUCCCCAUCACCUGCAUCUGUAGGCUCUCCACGACCCCCCCCCCCCCCAGGCCCAGUACCCAUGGGGGUGGCGAGGGGCACGGGGCUGCUCCCCCCUCCCUGUCCCCAUCUGAGUGACACCCCCCCCCCAAUAAAACACAGCUUGU